GAUUAGUUACACUUAAACAUGGUUUUUUAUAUUAUUAAAGCACCAGAUAAGAACCUCUCAUCCACCUAAUUGAUUCAAAAUUUAAAUUAUAGUCCACGUCACUACUACUGGGACGUCCACAUCAUCAUUACAAUACAUGAUCAUUUCUCGACCACAUUUUGUUAUCAUCGCCUUCCACUACUACUUUUCCGAGAAAAAAACUAACAUCAUUUCUUUUCUUUCCAAGAAACUUUUCAUUUCUCAACUCUUAUCUCUAUCCGUUUUUCCACCACCGGCGACCUACUAAUCCAGGUUACCUUGUCAUAUUAAAUCCUAUCUUCCUCAGCUCCACAUUAACAGUAACAAACCGGUUGACCAUCCCCAUUAAUACCCAAAAAACAAAAAACCCCAAACUCAUUAGUCUUUUACGAUUCACACACACGCACAGCGGACUCUUUUUUUAAGACGUGAUAGACAUGAAGGGUCUGGUAAUCGCGCUUAUAGUAGUGUUCGCAGUCUGUCUUACAGCUAUAAUCGCCGUGCUCUUCUACGUUCUUUGGCGCCGGAGAAGAUUCCAGCGGCGGAGCACACCUAGAGGGGAGUCAUCAGUUCUGGCCGGAGACGACACUCUCAGUUCUAAGGAGCUCCUAUACUUCUUGUGCUGGAAAGACCGGUGUCGUAUCGAACCCCAAGAAUCUCACUCGGUUCCUCAGCCGUCGGUAUCGGAUGUCGAUGACCUAUUGAAGUGGCAAGAACUGUUCGGACCUUCGAGAGUGCUUUUCACCAUCAGGGAAGAAGAGGAGGAAAGAGAGGGUUUGGAGUCGUCGGAGACUGAAGCGAAGACCAAAAGGGUUUGUCUGGAAGACAACGAAUUGGCGGUGAUUGUGAAGGUGGAGGAGGAGGAGGAGGACGACGACGACGACGACGGCGGUGGCGGGACGACGCCGUUUUCCACUCCUUGUGAUUCGCCUCCUUAUUAUACUCCUUCGCCUUCUCCUGCUCGUGAUCAUGAGCUAAAGGACUCCACUACUGAAGAAGAAGAACAAGAUCAUGGUGUCGUUUCCGCCGGAGUGAUGCUCCCGAUGUCUGUUAGCUUAGAAAUAUACGACGUAUGAAAUUUGAUCGUCGGGAAAACACUGUUGACCGGCCUUGAGAGGUUCAGAUAUUGUUCCGGUGCCCUCCAGUCAACGGUCGGUAGGAAAAAAUAUUUUAUCUCUCACAGUCCAGCAGGACCAGAGAUCACGCCACGUUGAAAUGGUUGUUGACUAUGGCGGGUCCCAUCUGAGGUGGCGAGAUCAGAGUGGAGCACGCUUUAUUGGUUUUUUUUUUUUUUCCUGUUUUUUUUUUGUCCUUUUUGAAAAAAAAUCUGUAGGCAAAGGAAGUUGAGACAUGAGGCUGAGAGAGGGCCUUGGGACAUGUCAAAUGGCAAACGGGUUAUGAUAUUCGUAAUUAAUGAGAUUCCAUAAAAAGGGAAGUUUGUAGGUGGCAAAUUUUAAUGCUUUUGG